AUGAACGCGAUUAAUCUCGGCGCGAAAGGACGUAACGCGCAGCUCGUCGCCAUAUUCUGCCUAUGGAAAGCGCUGCUCCUCUCGCUCGCUACAUUCUGCCCAGGUCCCGGAUACGACACCUCUGGUCUCAUACUGCUCGACACGAGCGCCCGGCGUCAUGUUAAGCUGGAUGUCACCUCCCGCUAUGAGCGUUUUGUCCUCAAUCUGCUCCGCUGGGACGCAUUGUACUUUGUGAAAGCAGCUGAGCGGGGUCAUGUCCACGAGCAAGCGUGGGCCUUCAGCGGGGCGUACUCGUAUCUCCUGCGACUAACCGGUCAAUUGAUGGCUGGCGAUGCGCAGGCUCCUCUGCACUACUAUGCUCUGGCCGGAAUCAUCAUUUCCAACAUAUGCCACCUCCUCUCUGUGCUAGUGCUGUAUCGCCUAUUGACCUUGGUCCUGGAACCUCAACGGCGACAGAUCAUCCCAUUCAUCGCCGCUGUCUUGCAUAUCCUGACGCCAGCUUCUCUUUUUAUGAGUGCACCGUAUGCCGAAGCCAUGUUCUCAUUGCUCAAUUUCACAGGCAUGCUCCUCUAUGCUCAAUCUCAAACUGCGGCUGAGACUGGAAUGUCAUGGAUUCGAGCGGACUCUCAAAAGAUCGGCUCUGGCGCUUUUUUCGCAGCAGCUACACUGAUGCGAAGCAACGGUCUACUCAGCGGCUUAAUCCUCCUAUACGAUGUCGCUAAGUACAUGCCCUCUCUGAUGUCUGCGCAGUUGCGUAUACCAGAUGUAAGAAGGAUGUUUGUCACAUGCAUGGCUGGUAGUCUGAUAGCCUUAGCAUUCUUCGGGCCGCAGUAUCUGGCAUACACGGAAUUUUGCGACCGAGGCAGCGGCACUGGAACUAGACCGUGGUGUGACAAGACCUUCCCGAGCAUUUACUCGUGGGUACAAAGCCAUUACUGGAACGUUGGACUCUUCCGUUACUGGACCAUCUCAAAUCUGCCUCUGUUCAUACUAGCGGCACCAGUUUCGUGGCUGCUCCUCACAUCAAGUGUCACCAUUCUCCGCAGCGGUGUCCCACGCCCGUUGCGUGGGCGUCCUGUACCCCAGACUGGUGAAACAGCCAAAUCCAGGAACGGAACCUCCGCGAUAUGCAAGCUACCGGAAUUGGCACUUCCCCAAUUACUACUGGCUGCAACAGCCGUUACCAGUUUUCACGUCCAGAUUGUGAACCGGAUUGCUUCCGGCUAUCCGAUGUGGUAUCUAGUCGUCGCUACGUGGUUGGCUGAUUCACAAAGUACUCGCCCGACAGCGAACCGUUCACGAACAGCCAAGUGGUGUAUCAGAGGUAGCAUCAUGUAUUGCUUGAUACAGGGAAUGCUUUUUGCUAACUUCCUCCCACCGGCCUGA